UAUGUGACGCCUCGGCUUCGUCCUCUUGCACACCUCAAUGCCGAGGAAUUUUGCAUAGUUGAAGAGGUUUCUGCUUUUUACAUAAAUUCUAACCCCAAAACUUUAAAUAUUUAUGUGCAAAUUUUGAAGUGCUUCCCUAAAUUUGCGCCUGAGGUGAAGUAUUUGAGGAAGCCGUACAGGUUGAUUGCACUGAAGCUCGCUCAGACAAGUGCAGCUGGAGUUCGUACCGGAUUGACACAUGCAUUGCCUCCUAGAAAUUUAGUCUUUUUUUUUUGUAGAUAUCAUGACAUGGAAAAUGUACCAGAUUUUAUUAUCCUGCGUCAUCUUUAUGAUGAAUCGGUGGCACACCGUUAUCAGCCGGGAACGCGAAUCGAAACAAUCCUGGAUAAUCACUGGUGGACGGGCACCAUCGAUAAAAAGGAAGUUCACGAUGAAGAAAAUUACCCAAGGUCGAAUUGGUACUGCCUUACUGUAAGAUGGGACACUGGUGAGGAUGAAAAAAUGAGUCCAUGGGAUGUUCAACCUUUAUUGCCUCAUCGCCGCUCAGGAAUUGCUAGUGAGGAAGAUCAAGUCCUGUUUUCGCAAUAUCCAGUUGAUGAACAACACUGGCGUGGUGCCGUAAAAGGUAUCAGAGCGUGUUCCGAUCGCAUCAUUGAAGCAAUAAAAAGCUUGGAAAAUGACCCGGACGUUAAGCCGUUCACAGCUCCGGUCAGUCUCGUCGAAUAUCCGGAUUAUUUAUGGGAUGUUGAUUAUCCGAUCGACUUGAGCACAAUUCGGCAGCGAGUUGAAAAUCGUUUCUACAGGAAACAGGUAGCGCUGGAGCAAGAUAUUCGCUAUAUAGCAGUUAACGCCCGUCUUUUCAAUCAGCCAAACAGUGAAAUUGUUCGGAAUUCACGAGUUCUGGUGGAGACGCUCAUUUCCUACCUGAAGUAA